AUGGUGGUCGGCCCCACCCACAUCGAGGCGCUGAUGGACUCACUCAAGUCAAACAGCUUUGUCAAGCACUUCCUCCUGGGCAACAACAUCAUCUCUGCCACCGGUUGCUACGCCAUCGCCUCAUUCAUCAAGGAGAAGCCCGACCAGAUGGAGACGUGGUACUUGGCUGGCAACCAUAUCAAGGCCGCGGGCUUUGAGGAUCUGGUCAGUGCAAUGGUCACCAGCUCCGCCAUCACCAAUGUCUGGCUCAAGAGAAAUCCUCUUGGGUUGAGCUCGGUCGACAACCUCACCCGACUGAUCAUCGAGACCCGCAACCUCCGCACUCUUGACCUGGAAAACACGGAGCUGGGGGACGAGGGGGUGGCUCGACUAUUCACCAACCUGAAGGGCAAGGCCAUCGCUCUGAAGAACGUGUUCCUCAAUGCCAACGGGAUUGGGGUGAAGGGGGCCCAGGCCAUCGCCGAGACGCUCGAGGCAGGCUGGCAACCGGAGUCGCUCAUGAUGGGAACGAAUCCGAUCGGCGACGAGGGCGCUCUCCAUCUCGCCAGAGCUUUCCACUCCAACACAUCGCUCGUCCGUGUCGCUCUCCAGUCCCACGGCUACUCCAGCACCGGCAUCUCCGCCAUCUGCGAGGCGUUUUCCGAACACCCGACCAUCCGCGCCGUCUUCUUCUCGCCCAGCCAGACUACCAAGCCUCACGGCCAGCGCUACAACUACGUCGAUGACGACGCCCUGCCUGCGCUCAAGCGGCUCCUCCGGAACCCGCAGCUCCGCAUACUGGAGCUCGGUCGCACCGCCUUCUCCGCUGAAGGGGUGGAAACGUUUCGCGAUGCCGUUGCGUCCUCCACUCUCUGCUACUUGCAGGCCUUCCACAGUGAGUUGAGGGAGAGCCAAGACGGCGCACUGCGCGUCCAGCGGCAGCUCGAACACAAGACUCGGCAAUUCUACCACAUGUCCACGGGGGAAUUCAAUAGCGGACUGGGACUACGACUGCUUCGCAAUACCGCCGAUGUCCGUCUGAUCGACAGUGUCUACCGGACUCGCGACAAGAGAAACAACUUCGACAGCGUCAAGCAGUACUGGGAUGAGGGCGACCCGGUGUGGACCAUGAUCGAUGCGAAAUGGAACGAGGUAAUGCGCAUGGACUCUCGCUAA